CAUAGGUGCGUUCAUACAAUACGUAUCUUCUCAUCCAGACGAUCCAUGACUAAUUCAUGAAUUAACAAAUAGAACUUCGAGGUCGUGGCGACAAUUAUAGCAGAUUGCACAUCGUGUAUCAAAUAGCCUGCUUUAAUUUUUCGAUGCCGGCUAUCCUCUUCCUGGAGAGUCUGGUGCGGAGAAAUUGCAGACGGCUCAUGCAGGAGAGACAAAGACAUCGUUGAUGGACAAACACGCGACUUUGCUCGUAUAUUUUUAGUCCGACGCUAUAUCUCCUCGUGCUCCUUUUAUAAAUACUUGUAAUACUCUCAUUUUGAUUUGAAAAAUUCGCAAUGCAAAAUUGCGACUCUGUGCUUUCCUAGACGAUCUUCCAUCGCACGACCUUGGAAGGUCGGGUAUUUCGAUUUGCGUCGCCGCCAUGGUGUCUGAGAGAACUCGCAAAAGAAAUGUGGUGAUGUCAUACAAAACUGCGUAGUUACUUUCAGUCCCACACCAUAUUACGUCACUAAAACUCCUACUCCAUUUUUCGCCGAAUCAACAUCGCCUCUUCAUUAUAUUCGAAAACAAGCUCGACAAGCGGGUCAGUUUCACGGUGCAAGCACAAAAUGCCGUUGCAAAUCUUUCAAGUGAUAUUCGAUCGUGCGUCUGCUACGUACGCAACCGGGGAGACGGUCACGGGAAAAAUUGCACUAGGUAUUGACCAUCCAAAAGUUGUCAGAGGAAUGCACGUAGAAGUAAAAGGCGAAGGCCGUGUUCACUGGGUAAAUAGGGACAAACGAGAACUUAUCCCUAUACACACCAACUCGGAGACGUAUUUGAACCUAAAUUUCGACAUCUUAGGUACCCAGACAUUUAAUUCACGAACAGAAAUAAAAGAAGGAUAUCACGAAUAUCGAUUCAGCUAUCCAUUGCCCAAAAACAUACCCAGCACUUUUAAGGAUACGAUCGGUAGCGUCGCGUACACGAUGAAAGUGGUAAUCGACAGACCAUGGAAGUUCAAUCAUGUACACGAGAGUACGUUUACCGUUGUCUCUCCGCUGGCUUUGACCGACUACGAUGAGCAGUGCGUACCCAUCGACGAGGACGAUCAGGUGAAUUUCUAUGGCUUCUGCUGCUGCUGCCACCAGGGUGCGUUGAAUCUUGAAAUCAAAGUACCAACUACAGGGUACAUUCCAGGACAAACGAUAUAUACGACGAUAAACUACGAAAACGGCUCGAGAAGUGUAGAAAUGACAAAGGUCAGGGCGCAACUCAAACAAAAAGUCAAAUACCAUGCACAAUUUCCACUGCGCAAGGUCAAAAAGAUGGAGUACGUAGUCAAAUCGACUAAACUUUACCCACCCUUUCAUAAGAAAGGACAGGUUGUUCUAGAUCUUUUAAUAUCACCCACACCACCAUCUUAUAUGCAACACUGCAAUAUCAUAGACGUGAAAUACGAGUUGGAGCUCACCAUUAACGUUACGGGGUCGCACUUCUGUAUCGACAAGAGUUAUCCAAUCUUAAUCGGAACAACAGACAUAAACCAAAUGACAGAGCAUCUAUCAUUGUCAUUUCCAUUGACGGUGGCGGGUGAGCAAUUGCCGCUACCAGUGGCAACGGAAUUACUAAGUGCAUUAGUAACCACCAGUGAACUCUAUGCUUCACCUGAUGGUCACGUUAAAACGCAUACUUUUGAGCCUUCAACUCAUCAUGAUCACGGGCCUUCAACUCAUCAUGGUUACGAGCCUUCGACUCAUUAUGGUUACAAGCUUUCGACUCAUCAUGAUUGCGAGCCUUCAAAUGAUUAGGAUUGCGACCCUUGGUUCGUAAUUUGUUAAGAAUUAUUAUUCUGGAAAACUGGAUGUAUUAAUUGUAUUUCUUCUGUAUUCGGCGACGUUGAUUAAUGAAUCAACGGACAAAGACUCGGCGUGGAUCAAAUUGUGUGAUGUAUCUACCGGUAAGUUUACUUAUACGAAUCGAGUGAAUUGUAAGACUUUUAAUCGAAAGUAUUACUUUUCAGAAACGUUUAAGAACCACAUUUUAUUACAAAUACGUAUUUUAAUUGUGUGUAUAAUACGCUUGUAUUUUGAAGUUAAUAAAUGUUUUAUAAGAAAAAUUCCAGCUGAAGUUAGAAGAAGAAGUAAGGGAGAAGCAACGGUUUUACUAAAAUGAUAUAUAUUUACACAAUUUAUUUCAUAUUUCAACAUCGUCAUAUUGUAAUCAUAAUCAUCAUCGAGUCAUAUUAUAAUUAGCAAAGAAAGAAAAAAGUAUAGAAAGGGUAACACCGUCGUGAAAAUUGAGAACAAGAGUAGAAUAUCAUGAAAGUAGGAGUAUAAAAGGAAUGAGAGAUUCGUCGGUAACAAUUCGGCAACCAAUAGAUCGCAAAUCGGUCGUUCUCAAAAGUGCAGAUACAAAAAAAGAGAGUAAAAGAAAGCAAAAUUAUCGAAAAACGUGUAUGUACGCAUCUAUUCAACGUAAUCGAGAGAAAACGCGAGGAAAGCUUAUCAACGAACUUAUCUCGAAUCCAUCGCUCGUAUAUAAACAUUUUCUAUUCUAGGUGUAUAUUAGGUGAACUUGACGCUUUAGCAAACACACACGGUACGAUUUGCGUUUCAACCACCAAAUGCCCGAUGAACGUGUCAUUGUAGGAACUGAAAGCAACCAUCUUAAAUGUUAAAGGCUGACUUAAAUACUGUCAACGAACACGGAUCUUUGCUUUUCUUUUUUUCUAUGCAAUUUGUCGGAUGUCUGUGCAAGAUACACCUUCGACUAUUCUAUUUCUUUCGCGAGAAUAAAUUUGUCAAAAUCGAUAACAAUAUACGCUUUUACUAUUGUUUCUCUUAUUAGUGGAGGCUCGAUAGUUGCCCGCUUUUGGGGCUCCGCAGCUGAAUUUUUCGAAACUUUCCUAUAAUUCUAUGGCGGGCAAUUAUCGAGCGGUGAAAUAUGGAAGCUCUCAAAUACGAUUCUACAAAUAAUCUUCCGUUAUUAAAUAUAAAAAAGAAAUAUGCGGCCGUCAAAAUGUUAGCGAAGACCGAAUAAAAAGUCAAUUUCAAUUGUAUCUUUAAACCAUAACGUUUGUUACAACUGGUCCCAUUUCGUAUAUUUAUCGUUUUUAGAUGCAACAAACGUUGUUUGUUAAACGUUAUACAAAAGCAAAGUUACGCUCGAUCAAUUAUAUACAUUGAACGCAAUAUUCGUGAGAACAUCCGACGUUUGAGUUAAAUAAAUACGGUACGACGAUUGAUUUACAUCGAUUUGUUUUCCCAGCGUUUCUAGUAUAUCGGAGACAACAAACGGAUAAUCCUGAACUGGCAUUCGGUGUCGUAGUACUCGUGUUUAUUUUAAAUACGAGGUUAGAAACCAUCGAACGAAAUGAUAUGCUUAAUUCUUUUUCGUGUACGAACGUAUAAUUUCGAUAUAAGGAAGAAAAAAAUAAAACCAAUAGAACCAGGAACUGAAUAUAUUCAAAAGCGAGAAAGAAAAACAAAUCGGAAGGUAUAAUCCGCGAGUUCGUAAGAAACAAAAUACACUUCGAGAUGAGAAUAGCGAAAGCGUUUAAAAGUAAAAAGGAAAAUGAUCAAUUUGUGUGCGAUACACGUCGACGCAUGUAUUCUUGACUCGAUAAUGUUUCCUUACUUUUUUUCUUUAAAACUCUCUGAUUAUCCUGAUUCAUCGGGAGGGGAAAGGAACUGUGCGCUCCGACUUUACAAAAAUUUGCAUCGCUUAUAUUACAAUAACCUUCCCUCGACUUAAGACAUUCAACCCUUAAUAUAUUAUUAUCAUAAAUAAAUUUGGUCUAUCGGUAAUAUUGUGAAUACGCCGGUACAAAUACUGGCAGUAUUUGGUUAAGUAAAAAAUCAUGAUCACUAGAAGAGGUAACUGGCACCGAAUGGAUCUGCGAUGUACGAAUCAACAGUUUUCGUUCCGAUUAAAAAUGUUCGGUGUUGAGAAACGACACGAUUCAUCGCUCCGCGUACGUUACACGCGAUUGCUUUUCAACUUCUUUAAAAACAUAAUAGAGUCAUUUUCAAAUAACUAUGACCGUCCCGAUUUUGUUUCCCUCCUCGAUCUAUUACAUGAACACCGUUCUCGUACUUUCGAUGAUCUAAAAGAUAACAGUACUCGUAACGAAAGAGAACAAUGUACGACACGCAUGUUACAACUUCCAGUAAACUUGAUUUAACAUUAUUCAAAGGGAUAAUCGGGGUGGCAUAGAUUCGUUCACGAUACGAUUGAAAUUUCUUGCGAGUCGAUACCAGAAAAUGUGUAUGCUCCUUGCAAAAGUUGCGAUAAAACAGACUGAUGCUAUACCACCUACGUUUGCUAUAAAAGAAAUGAUAAAGGUUUCACUCAGGUAGCGGAAGAAAUUUGAAUACCGCGUGAACGGAUCUACCACUCGCCGAUAGGAAAGUAUAGUGAGUCAGUAGAUUCAUUUUAAAAAACAGUAGUUGUAAAAGAUGUCUUUUAGCGUUUCCGUUAUGAUUCACAAAACUGUCUUGCAUAUUGUAAACUAUCGUGACCCACUUAUUACUUUUGCAGCACUUUGUUUUAAAAAAA